AUAAGUGUCAUAUCACACAGCCGGUACAAACGAAAUUACCACUGACAACGAGCAACACAUAUCUUAUCGGAAACACACCAAUUAGAAAAGGCACUAAGCAACAAAUUAAUCACUAAAAAUUUGAUUAAAUAUUUAUAAAGACCACAAACAGUAAAUUUGGAUUUGUUGUUAAAUUACUUUUACAUUGCACCGCAAUUUUUAGUAUUUUAACAGCCGGCAAGUAAGCGAAACCGACCAAGUUUUUGAUAAAUUGUAAGAAUGGCUACUGUGACCUAUGAAGAAGUCAAAGAUGUGCCCAAUCAGCCAAACACUUUCGUGAUUGAUGUGAGAAACAAGGACGAGUUGGCCAGAACUGGUGUGAUACCAGGAGCAAUUAGUGUACCAAUGCCCGAUCUGGAAGCCGCCUUCCAAAUGUCUGAAAUUGAUUUUAAAACUGCAUUUAAUCGCGACAAGCCGAGCACAGAGACAGUCUUAAUAUUCUCUUGUCAGGCUGGUGGGCGCGCUAAGCGAGCUUACGACUUGGCGCUGGCAAAUGGCUACAAAAACGCGAAAUACUACCCCGGCUCUUGGACUGAGUGGGCUGAAAAGGAGGGUUUGAAUAAAGCUUAAGUGGGCGCAAACGUAAAUAACAAAAUUGAAAUGACAAUUGAAAAUAAUAUGCUUAGAACGCGUAUGUAAAAGAGAAAGUAGCAAAAAAGUUGAAAAAGUUAAAACAUAUCAAAUAUGCUUAGUAGUGACAUAUAAUAAUCAUUGCGUUGCCGCACUAUUGCAUGCUUACAAUCAAAAGCUAAUCAAAGCUAUAAUCGCUAUCUAUUGCAUUUAAAAGUAGUACGAGUAGCAUACAAUUACUGUAGUGAGUUUAUUGAAUAAAUUACAAGUAUAUAAAUAA